UUAAAUCUGUGCAUUGCCAAGGGCAAGGAGCUGAGAACAUGGAUAGAGAGAAGUUUCAGCAGAAGGCUCUGAAGCAAGCUGAGCAGAAGAAAUCCAAGUCGGCUGAAUUUCUGAUGGUUAAAGAAGAUAGAGAAGCUAUGGAAGGCACUGGAAACCCAGCUUUUAACAUGAGCAGCCCCGAUCUCUCAGCAUAUCAGACUUCAGAAAAGAAAGUUAUUAGACGUGACGUGCCGGAUCGCACCCUUGCAGCUCACCAACAAAAAUGCAGGCUGCCGGCCUCUGCUGAACCAAAAGGAAAUGAACACAGCAGAAAUUACUUUGACCCUCUGAUGCAUGAGGAAAUAAACCCAAGGCAGUGUGGGAUGGAGGUCAGCAGAGAGGUUGAUAGUAGAAUUCUCUAUGAUGAUCGAUUAAUGAGGAUGUUCGACGAGAAUGGACGUGGAGGAGUCCAAGAUGAGAGCAUCGAGAAGGCGCCUUUGGGUUCUGAAGAGCCGAUGAGUUCCAGGAAGAGUCCUGAGCUCCACAAAGGGGACAGUGAAGCCACCUCUGCCUACAGUGAGGAGUUUAAAAGAUAUGCUCAGAAAGACAUAAUUUGGCGUGGAAGUUCUUCAUUAAAACAGGAUUUGAAAUCUGAAGGGGAGGAACUCAAUCAAUAUAUUCCCAUGUCAUGUUUAAAGACUGACAAAACAUUUGAGAAAGCUCCACGUCCGCCGCUCGCCGCAGAGCUGACUGUCUGCACCGGAGACCGAGCUCCUGGGCCACCGGGAGCGGCGGGGCCUUGCUGGAAGGGCCUUUUAGAGAAACAGACUUUUAGCAGAUCUUCAGUAUUUUUGAGCAGAAUUCUCGAAGCAAUUGGAAUUCCUCAGAACUGUGUCCGUUGUCCUCGGCUGGGCUCUCACUAG